CAGAGAGAAAAUUGUUUGAAAAUAUAUUUAUUCAACAAAUAUUACACUUUAGUUUAUGUUGACAUGGCCUAGUAGACUGCUGUUCAACUUGGGUCAAAGCAUCAAAGACUGAUAUUAAAAGAGCUUUAUCUGGUUUAAGUCGACCUAAACCACUGUAUAGCUACUUUUGACAGAUGUCGCUGCACCACAGCGACCCAGGAAAGCCUCUCCAGCAUUUUCUGAUCGGUCCAUGGUUUACCAUUUGUAUUACAUGGAUUCCGCCAUCUUCCAAGAUGGCGGACGCUAGUGUCCUUAAAGUGUAAAAGUACCGGUUACGAUACGCUAGGACUGACAAGAGAGGUCCACUAACUUGAAAAUCGCUUUUGAGACGAAACCUAGUGGAUGAGAAAAAAAAAUUGAAAAUCCAUUUAUUACUACUACUUUCAUCAAUUUUUCUCUUAGAAAAAACUUGUAUGCGUGCUGUUUGUUGAUGCCUUCCAUUUUUUUUCUUUUGUUGAAACCCACCUCAUAGAACGACAACUAAAUAGACCAUAAUUUAUAUACGUUAUAUGCGACUAAGACGUUCCGUAAAAAUUAGUGCAUUCUUCCCAAAAGGAUUCAUUCUCCGCUUUUUAGAUUAUCUAACGAAAAGUUAGACUUUAGUUUGUUUCAUACCGCGUAAAGUAAUGCCAUCUAUUUCUGUUUAUAUUUAAAGGACUCAAUCCAGUUUUGCAUUAGCUGAUAAAGUAUAGAAUAAAAUGUCAACUUAAUCUGAAAUGAAUCAUCAGAAAGAAUGCGGUCGUGAAGAAUGCAGUGUGUACACGUUCUGUCUACCUAUCCGCUGUUGUUUGACGGGGUUUUUGAGUAUUUCUUGAUGUGUAUAUGAUGCUUUUGUGUUUUCUUACUGCGAUCUUAUGGUGAGUGAUACAUAUAAACCUGCGACAGUUGAGAAUAUACCAUCGUACAUUGUUUUAGGGGCAUUACAAAUUCAUUUUUACAUCGGGGAACUAAAGGAGUCGAUCGUAUCGAAGAAGCAAAUUAUGUGAAAAAAUUUAUAUUAGAAAUCUAUUUUCUCUUUACAAAUGUGAAUCUUGGAAGUGUUUUAUACUAUUACAGUUUAACAAAAGAAGAUUUUUCAAUUGCUGUACCUGUCACAAAUGCAUUAACGUUGAUUGUAACUUAUAUAUGUGAUGCUGUAUUUCGAAAAGAAUUACGUAGUUUAAAAUUUAUGAUUGGAAUACUGUUGGUUACAAUCGGAAUCUUUUCGAAUGAACAACUAUUUCAUACGUCAAACAUGGAUAUUGAAUACUCUCGACCACUUCUCUAA